CGGGGCUUCCUGUCGGGGCAAAGAGGCUUCCGCCGCAGCGGCGCCUCGGAUGGCCGCACUCAGGGCCGCGCUCGGGUCGUCGCUCGCGGCCGCCCGCGCCCGGCCGCCGUCCCUCGGCUGCCGCCCAUUGCCCGCGCCUUGCUCCGCCUCGGCUGGCGCCAUGGAGCCCGCGCCCCGCUGGCUGGCGGGGCUGCGCUUUGACAACCGUGCUCUGCGCGCGCUGCCCGUGGAGACGCCGCCGCCCGGCCCCGAGGGCGCCCCGUCCGCGCCGCGUCCCGUGCCCGGCGCCUGCUUCAGCCGCGUGCGGCCCGCGCCCCUGCGCCAACCACGCCUCGUGGCGCUGUCCGAGCCCGCGCUGGCGCUGCUGGGCCUGGGCCCGCCGCCCGCCGACGCCGCCGCCCGCGAGGCGCGCGAGGCCGAGGCCGCGCUCUUCUUCAGCGGCAACGCGCUGCUGCCGGGCUCCGAGCCCGCCGCGCACUGCUACUGCGGCCACCAGUUCGGCCAGUUCGCGGGGCAGCUGGGCGACGGCGCCGCCAUGUACCUGGGCGAGGUGUGUACGGCGGCCGGCGAGCGCUGGGAGCUGCAGCUCAAGGGCGCCGGCCCCACGCCCUUCUCCAGACAGGCUGACGGCCGCAAAGUGCUGCGCUCCAGCAUCCGGGAGUUCCUGUGUAGCGAGGCCAUGUUCCACCUGGGAGUGCCGACCACGCGGGCCGGGGCCUGUGUCACCUCCCAGUCCACCGUCCUGCGGGAUGUGUUCUACGAUGGCAACCCGCGUGCCGAGCCAUGUGCCGUGGUGCUGCGCGUGGCCCCCACCUUCCUCAGGUUUGGGUCCUUUGAGAUCUUCAAGCCUGCGGAUGAGCGCACGGGGCGGGCGGGCCCCAGCGUAGGCAGGAACGACAUCCGAGCGCAGAUGCUGGACUACGUCAUCGGCACUUUCUACCCCGAGAUCCAGGCUGCUCACGCCGGCGACCGUGUGCAGAGGCAUGUGGCCUUCUUCCGGGAGGUGACACGGCGCACGGCCCGGCUGGUGGCCGAGUGGCAGUGCGUGGGCUUCUGCCACGGCGUGCUCAACACGGACAACAUGAGCGUGGUGGGGCUCACCAUUGACUACGGGCCCUUCGGCUUCCUCGACAGGUACGACCCCGACCACGUGUGCAACGCCUCCGACACCGCUGGGCGCUAUUCAUACAGCAAGCAGCCCGAGGUGUGCAAGUGGAACCUGCAGAAGCUGGCUGAGGCCCUGGACCCUGAGCUGCCCCUGGAGCUGGGCAAGGCCAUCCUGGCGGAGGAGUUCGACAUUGAGUUCCGCACACACUACCUGCAGAAAAUGCGCAGGAAGCUGGGCCUCGUGAGGAUGGAGCUGGCGGAGGACGGUGCUUUGGUAGCUAAGCUCCUGGAGACCAUGCACCUGACAGGUGCUGACUUCACAAACUCCUUCUACUUGCUGAGCUCCUUCCCGGCUGGGCCAGAGUCUCUGGACCCAGACGAGUUCCUGGCUGCACUGACCGCACAGUGUGCCUCCCUAGAGGAGCUGAGGCUCGCCUUCCGACCCCAGAUGGAUCCCCGGCAGCUCUCCACGAUGCUCGUGCUGGCGCAGUCAAACCCACAGCUCCUGGCGCUCAUCGGCACGCAGGCAAGCCUCACACGGGAGCUGGAGCGCAUGGAGCGGCAGUCUCAGCUGGAGCAGCUGAGCCCCACCGAGCUGCAGGCCAGGAACAGGAGCCGCUGGGCCGGCUGGCUGCAGGAGUACAGAGCCCGGCUGGAGCAGGACAGGAAGUGUGCUGGUGACACUGCUGCCUGGCAGGCUGACCACGUGCGUGUCAUGCACGCCAACAACCCUAAGUACAUCCUGAGGAACUACAUCGCGCAGAACGCCAUUGAGGCUGCAGAGAAUGGGGACUUCUCGGAGGUGCAGCGGGUACUGAAGCUGCUGGAGACCCCGUACCACACAGAGGGGGAGGCUGCUGAGGCACACAAGGCCGUAGAGCCAGAGGAGGCUGGCAGGGAGGCCAGCAGGCGACGCUCCUACAGCAGCAAGCCCCCUCUCUGGGCGGCGGAGCUGUGUGUGACAUGAUCCUCGUAACCACCGGGGGCACCAAGGCCCCAGGUCCUGCUGAGCCUGCGAGGGAGCGCUCAGCCCGCAGAUAGAUGCCCAUCUCUCCAUGACGGCAGAGAUGUCCAGUCAGGACCUGACCCGUCUCUGUCCGAUGCAGACUCAGCAGCCCAGCCCAGCCCAGCCCAGCCCAGGCCAGCCCAGGCCAGCCCAGGCCAGCCCUGCCCUGCCACUCCUGUGACCUGUCGCUUUGCCCAAGGACAGCUCAGCAGAGGGGACCAGCCGGGUUGGCACACGGCCCCCCACCCAUCCAGCCUAGGCAGGGAGGCAUGGUCCCCAAAUAAACCAGCAGCUUCCUCA